CUGUGGAUGUCACAUCCCUGAAAGUGUUCAAGGCCAGGCCGGAUAAGGCUUUGAAGUGGAAGAUGUGCCUGUUCAUGACAGGGGUGUUGGAACCAGAUGAUUUUUAAGGCCCCUUCCAAACCAAGCCAUUCUAUGAGACCAUAUUCCUCUCUGACAGGUGGCAGUGAGUUCAGUCCCUCAGUCCUCUCUCUGAUAUCAUCCUUUGAAUAUUGUGUCGUGAUAUUCACAUAUGGCAUCUUUAAAGAUAGAAGUGUAUGGAAAUCAGAGUCUGUAGGGUCUCAAAAGGGGUGGGAGCUCAGAGCUGUGCUGUCCUGGAAGCGGUGGCAGGGCCAGCAGAUGUUGGGUGUGCCAGCAGGCCGGGUGCUAAGGUGGGCUCCUUGUCCAACACAUCGUGUGACGAUCUGGUGGCUGGUCGUCUGCUGUUGGAGGCCUAUGUCACUAUGUGCCACAUCCAGUCUUUCCUCAAACACCGAGGGAUGAUGACUCUACCACCUCCUUGGGCAGCCCGUUCCAAUGUCUAGAAACACUUUCUGGCAAAAAAUUCCUCCUAAUGCCCAACCUAAACCUCCCCCCGUGCAGCUUGAGACUACAUGUUAUCCAAAAUGCAAAAAUGGGGGAGAGUGCCUCCGACCUGGAAAAUGCAGAUGUCCUCCUGGAUAUGGGGGUAGAUAUUGUCAUAAAGUAAGCUGUGAAGGAGGCUGUCAGAAUGGUGGGGAAUGCAUCUCUGUCAAUGGAGUCGUGAAGUGCCUGUGUGCUUCUGGCUGGACAGGGUCAAGAUGCCAGGAAGCAAUUUGUCCUCAAGGUUGUCGAAAUAAUGGAGCUUGUGUGGCUCCUGGGAUUUGUAGCUGUCCAGCUGGAUGGGUCGGUAGAGCAUGUCACUUAGCUGUAUGUAAACUGCCCUGCCAGCACGGAGGGAAAUGCAUCGCUCCAAAUGUGUGUAGAUGUCGACUGCCAUAUUCUGGGCCACAGUGUACAAAAAAAAGGAAGGAAUGAAGCAACUUCAGCCAAGAUAAGCUGCAUUUUUUUUAUGUGACUAUACAGAGAGGAAGUCUGCAGCAGUGGGGGAAAUAAACAUGGUAACUUGAUUUCAGACAGCUUUUUUGUCCUCACUAUACUAAGUGCAUGCUUUUCUAUAUGAAAGGAAGGUAUUGCUGAUUGUAAGAAAGUUGUUACAAAUAUCCAACUGUGCACAGUGUAUGAUAUCUUUUCUCCUCAUUUUUUCUUUAUAAGCAAAAGUAUUAUACUUGGUUGAUACAGCUGACCUUGAAAUAAAAUUUUCCUCAAAUCAAGUGA